AUGGCGCAUACCGGCAUCCUCCAGUCGUUGUUGUUUGUAUUCAUCUUCGCGUUUCCAGUGCUGUCACUGGAUGUUGACCUCAAGUCGACUGACAUCUCCAAGGAUGCGGCGCAGAUGAGACUGAGGCUCAAGUCCGCUCUCAGCAACCAGAACUCGGGGUUGGAUGAAGUAGAGCGAAUCCUCUCCUCUCCUCUCACCCCAGCCAGCGAUCAAGCCUCUCAGAAGCUUUCGCAGAAGCUGCUCGCGCGGCAGCAGCUCUCAACACAUGCGACAGUGCAGCAGCUUGUCCAGCAUGGCAGGCGCCCCGACAAGACCCUGGCAGUCAACCAGAGACAGGCUGAGCAUCCGGCGCAAGAGAAAGGCUCCGAGGAGCCGGAGGGAGGGCUCGGAGUCGUGAUGAGGUGGAAGAAGGAAAGCAGGUCCAGGAGCGGCGCUGCUCCUCGUGGAGGCUCAGACCCGUCCAUUUCUUUCGGAGUGCCGCAGGAGCUGGGAUCGAAGAAGCGAGCAGAGGAGGAGGCGGCCGCGUUUGCUCGGCUGACAGCAGGAGCGCGCGAUCCCGAGGCAGAGGCGAAACGAAGGCUGCAAAAGAAAGCAGAGCGAGAGUCGUACGAGAGGGCUACCAACGAGGCGAUGAUAUGGAAAGACAUCAAGGCUGCCAUGAAGCACGCGACCUCGCACACGGUCCAGAUCAACCGGGGCGGGCUGGCGGGGGAGGUCAGUUCGCUCGCCUCCCUCAGCCCAGACAAGGCGGCGAAGGUGCUGGAGAAGAUGUCGCAGACUGAAGGCAGCGCUGUGCUCGGGGCCCUCAAGAGCAUCGACCCUGAGCAGGUGAAGCUCAUCUUGUCGGCUCUUGGAAACCAGCAGCAUGCGGAUGCGCAGACCAUGAAGAAGGUUGCGAGAGGUUCUGCCAAGCGAGACAAAGCUCCGUCGGUCAUCGCGACCCUCACAGACUCCAGCGACCUUCCAGCAGGAAACUCCUCUAACACCCCAGGCGCAAACAGCACGUCUGGCGGGGAAGCGGAAAACAGUCAAUUUGACAUGUCGACGGUUAGACGUUUUGACCCGGGGGAGAGCCUGUCCUUCGUCGAGGUGCAGUCGGAGACUUUCUCCGUCUCCUACGCAGAUCGUUCAGUGUUGACAGGCUACGUGUGCAAGGACAUAGUCCAGCUCGGGCACUACUAUGCCAUGACGAGGCUCGGGUGCGCACUUGACUGCAACGAUCCGACGUUCAACGGCAUCGACGGCAUCCUGGGCAUGGGCAUGCCUGACGCGGCGAUCGCCAGCAUCCCCACGCCGCUGAUCUUCGCCAUCUCCAACGACAGGGGGGGGCUAGAGGGCGCCAACUACAUCAACGAGCGCCCCAUGCACCUGCGAAAGUUCGCGUUCCUGUCAACGGCAGACUCUGGUGAGCUGCAGCUGGGGGGAUACGACAGGGCGAGCACGGACGCUGACAUGGUGUACGUGCCGACGACUUCGACGACUGAGUACUCGGUGAGAGUUCAGUCGCUGAGCUUCGGAGGGAUCGAGCUGCUGGACUGGAUCGACAAGUCAGUGGAGCAGGCGCUGCCUGCCAUCAUGGACACAGGGACCACGUGCCUCGUGAUCCCCGACACGCUGCUGGAGGGGAGAGUGAGCGACCGGCCGUACAGCAAGUUUAAGAACAUCAUGACCAAGGGGAUGUCGUUCUACAUUACCAUUGAUGGCCAUCUCUUUGAGAUCCCGUACGAGUUCUGGUGGCAGAAGGAGAACAACGCUCCCUGCGUGCAGAAGACUCCCUCCUCCUAUGCAGGAAUUCUUCUUGGCGAUGUUGUCUUCCGCUCUCUCGUUGUUGAGUUUGAUCUCACAAAACCCAAGGCACCCAUGAUCGGCAUCGCUCCCCGGAAUCCGCGUUAUGUCCCUAUUGCUCCAGGAGAGCAAGACGAGCUGAAGUUACCGAUCGUGAAGCAGCACCGGGGCGAGAUCGAGGUGGAGGAGAGCGCCGACGACGCGGCCAGGAAAGGAAUCGAUCACGUUGCGGUGGGGAUGAAUCGCAUGAGAACUCAAUACUUCUGCAAUGUGUCCGUCGGUUCCCCUAGACAGAGCUUCACUGUCCUCAUCGACACUGGCUCCAGCACCCUCGCCAUUUUCGCCAAACUUCCGCCCAAUCAGGGAGGGCUGGCGAUCUCUAACAGCGAGAUCGAUGCUCGCCUCAAGGAGGCCAAGAGACAUCUUCUGCGAAGGGACGCGGCGUCGCUGACCCUGCGGAUGGGGGAGGAGAUCGAGCGGAAGGAGGAAAAGAAGCACAAGGAGCACGAGCGGAUGGAACGAGAGCGAGAGCUGGACACUGUUGGAGCAACAAACUUCGAGAUGAGAUGGGCGGAUCGAUCGCGCAAGGAGGCCAUGCAGCUAUCGCUUCCCAGCAGCAUGGACCGUCAGGGCUCGUCCCUCGAGCUCAUGUGGAGCAGGAGAACUCAGCGUCCUCCUCAUCAGCAGCAGGAUUCGAUGCUCCUUCUCGCUGCAGGGGCUGCGAGUUUCGCGCUGCUCCUGCUGGCGCUGCUUGUCCGAGCAGCUCGAGCAUCUCGAGCAGCUUCGCUGUAA